UGUCCAUGAUGUGUUUAUACUGAAUUAAAAUGUUUUCAUCUAAAAAUACGUAAAAAUCAAAAGUAAAGUGCCGCACUCUACGAAUUUUGAGCAAAGACUUCGCACAACAAGGGAAGCCUUUCACUAACAAAAUUGAGAAAUUGCCGAGCGCAGCAAAGGCUGUGCUGAUCUCUGCAAGUUAUACGAAAGAUCUUUCCAUAAAACAAUGUCUUCGGCUGGAAUUUUGUCCAAUAAAUUGACAAAUUCAGAGUCGUGCAAUUCGACACAAGCUGGUGGCAAGCCUCGGGCAACGACGAGGCAGGUGUUGGCUGCUGGAAGAGAGCCCGUCGCUUCCAGCAAAAGCUCAUCACUUCAAGCAACAUUGUCUACUAGGAAAACAACUACAAAACCCAUGCAGGGACCAACAUCUAAAGUUUCAAGUUCACGUCAGGCUGAUGUGAAAGCAGGAUCAGUCAUGAGACUCUCAUUGCCAACACAGCGCGCAAAACCUCGGCCGAAGGUCAUUGCAACUCGCCCGCAACAAUGUCACGUAACGAUGCGUUCAGUCAACACGGAGGCAGAGGACGGGGCAUCGCCAGCACCAUUCUCGCACUCACCUCCUCCUGUGUCAGCCACCACCAAGUCUGUGUCGAGGUCUUCCCUGAAAUCCAAGUCGCCGAGAGCUCACUGCCCGGAGUCCGCCAAGCACCAAGUUCCGCCAGAGCUGGUUGCAGAUUCUCAUCACCGGACCGUGCAGUUGGAUUCAGAAUCACGCUUAAAAUCAUUGGGUCGUGAAACCUCGACAGUUUCUUCACGAAAGUCCCCUAGCCAAGGGAAGGGAGACUUCCCAAAAGCCGUCGAUCCGUCCAGUUCAUUGCGCACAGGUAGGAUCGUCAGGAAGAGCUUUGCUGAAGGCGUUAGAGAUGCUUGGCGUCACGGCAACGACCUGAAGCCUAACAACAAAUCCCCAGUGAAGAGUUCUGAUAAAUCCUCUCCUAAGGCUGCCUCAGAGCUCCUCAAGAGACAAGCCUCAGACAAGAGCUCGCUUGAUGCCUCCAAACGGAGGACUGAUAGCGCAACUGCAGCCAGCAAACGCUCGGCAGGCGGUACUGCUGCGAUUCCUGAGCGGCCUUUGCGCCUGAAGAGAAACUGCAAGACUAACCUCAAACUCAACAUAGAAGCUGCCGCUGAUGUUCGAGGCUUCAACCAGAUUUCUAAACCUGAUACCGAUGUUCAAGACGUUCCCCAGACUGCUGAGUCUCCAAUAAGAAUUCCAACGUCUAGCUCUGACCAGCGUUCACAUCGAGCGCAAGUCUCCCCGUCGAAAACAUUGAAGGCGGAGGCUACCAGCAUCUCUCAUUGCGGACCAGCGAGGGAUAGCAACACUUCGGCUGAUAUUAUCAGCGAUAAGAAAGACUUGCCUACACGUGCAACGUCCAUCAGAUGUGGUCAGCAGGCAUCCCGUGAAACACAAGAAGCAACUUUGCACAUCGAGGAGGAACUGUCGACCCCACGGACUGAGGAAGACGACGUCGUGAAUGACAGUGAAGUAGACGGACGGCUGAGGGUGCUGACGAAGGCCGUGCAGUCGGAGGACGACCAUCACUCGGAGGACAGCUCGCAGGAAAGGAUGGUGACGGGUGACAGCAAGUGUGCUGGUGGCGCUGGUGACAGCAGUGACAGGGAGCGCAGAGAGCGCAUCCAGCGAUACAAGGAAGCGCGACGCAAGCAAAUCGCCUCCAGGUACGGGGUGGCUGAGGGCUCGUCGGGGGAGGACGACAGCCCCGCGGGGGAGGCGGGUGACGGCUGCGGCGAGGGCUUCAGGGCCUACAGACGACGUCGCCGGCUCCGGGAGACGGGCGUGGACGGGGGUCGCGAUGAGCCUGGGGGCGCCGCGGUCCCGCCCUCCACGACGCGCGACGCUGUCAACAACAACGGCAGCAGCGCCUCCUGCAGAGGUCGUGUUCCUGAGCGCGAUAAAAUUAACGCAGUUACUGUCAAGCAAAGAACCUCAUUUGUUGUUUUCACUGUUAAUGCCCCAGACGUUCCUGGCAGAGACGUUCCUGGCAAAAACGUUCCCGGCAGAGACGUGAUCAGCGGACACGAGCUGUGCAGUAGCGAUGUUGUAGAGGACGGAGAGGACGGCGCAGGGCGGUGUGCCGUAGGGACCGGGGCUCUGCCGUCCCGAGGGCGCGGCGUUGAGGGCGCCAGGGACAAGACCCACAAGAGGAUGAGUCACCUCAACAGGGGCGGCACCACCGAGGUCGCCGCCCCUACCGCCCCCACCGCUGAAGACCACCCUCGUCGUCGCCGUCGGCCACAGCUGCAUUACCAGCAGCAGCAGCAACUGCAGAAAGAACCUCACUCGAGCGCCGGAGGAGGUGGUAGCACUGGCUCCUCUCCAGGCAAAGGCUGUAGCCUCGUGGCCGGAGGAGGUGGUACAUACGCCCUGAAGACACCCGAGGUGGUACGCAAUGUUGUUGCACGCUUCACGCCUCCCCCAUCUCCCCCACCCGCUGUGUAUUCUUCACAAACCGUGCAGGCAUCGGCAUUUGUCCCUCCAAAGCUCCCUAUGCACGGCAGCACCCGAGCUUCCCCCAUCAGGAGGAUCAGCGCGAGUGCCGAAGACGCCUCUGCGGCAACCACCAUCAACCGCAGAUCCCGGUCACCCAUCACCCACGCCCUUAUCACCGCCGACCACAAGAAGGAACCGCUCUCGAAGACACCUUCUCCUCUCGCGGGAACUCUCGGCAGCAUCAGUUCGGCGUUUGCACCUUCAUUAGUAGAUCAGUUGCAGAAAGAUUCGCCUUCAGGUAGCGGAGGAGACGCGUCCCCAAGAGGCACGGUCCCCAAAUCACUCACGCCUGAUGUCACGCGCUUCUCGGGAUCCUCUUCAGCAGGGAUCGCUGACGAAGGAAUGCCUCCCGCGGCUGUGCGCGCGACGCUGAGGAAGGCGCAGGAGAUCGGGGGCACCUGCUUCAUGGCCGCUCGACGCGAAAAACCCAGCGACGAAGCUGAGGCCCGUGUCCCGUUCCCCUUGAGGAGUGCCAACCGCUGGACCAAGACGGACUCACCUGUCCAUGCCGACACCUCGUCUUUAGGAGCCUCGUCUGGUGGCGCUUUGUAUGAUCAGAAGCACGGCGAAGAGCAAAGCAUGAAUGCUUCGAGCUUCAGUAGGCGAUCGAGAAGCGUUGGCGACGCUGAAGGUGGCUUGAAUUCCGAAGAUUUAGUGAACGAAUGCCAAAGUUACUUGGGCUCCUCCACGCUUCAAGUUAAAUCUCCUCCCAUGUCCAGUCCUUGUGUCUUCUCCAAGGAAGUUGGCAAAGCCCACACCCUGGACUCCCGUAGAGAAUUGUUUACCGAUCACAAGGGCCAGAAAAACGGGCCCGGGGGCCCUGAAGGACAUGGCACGCAAAGUGAGCCGUUGGCUGUUCCAUCGAAAGAAGUAAAGCGAGAGAACCGCGUCAACUUCAGCGUCGACUGUCGAAGUGAUGACGACGGUGAGCUCUACUUCAGUGCAGCCAACGCUUCGCCUUCAGGGUCCCCGAAAUUCUGGGCCAUGCAGGAGGAGGAUGAAGAUGGGGCCGCCCUUGGGGGUGAACUGAUGCGUGGACGAGGCCUAACGGAGCGCCAUCGUUCCCUCGAUGGCGACUAUGGCGACUACAGUGCCUCCGCCGCUAUGUCUCCUGAGCCUCUGUCCAUCUUGAAGAGACGCCAUUCCCGCGACGAUAUGCCCUUUGACCGGUCCAUGACACCCGAGCCUCAGGGCAUCUUGAAGCGUAAGAGCUCCUCCAGGGGCUCCUCGUCUCGAGCAUCGAGCGUCGACACCCUCGAUGGUGAACUCAUCCCAAUACUUAAGAAAAAAUCAAGCAUUGAAGAUCUGGAUCAUUUCGAGCCCAAGCCAAUCUUAAAGAAGAAGUCCCUGACGGACGACGAGUUCGACGACCGUCCCAAGUCUAUCUUGAAGAGCGCCAGGAGCGGUGAGGACCUCUACUCUGGCGGCGACAGCGGCGUCGUGUCGCCGGCACCAAUCCUGAAGCGCGUCGGCAGGAGCGACAGCGACGGGGACGAGUUGUUGCGUCCGAUCCUCAAGCGACGUGAGACGACGGACGGCGUGAGACUCAGAGUACAUUUAUCCGACGGUGAAGACGAUAUUCCUGGGGCAAGACUUCGUAGCGACAGCGCCCCUGAGACCGGCACACACUACAACAGGUUGUCUAGUGAGGGGAGUAGUGGGGCUUCGUCUUACCCACAUUCCUUGCACUCAUCGCCGUCUCACAGAUCCAGUUACCCCAACGGUGGCUCCCCUCCCCAACGGAUACCAAGUAUACUGAAGAAACGAAGGUCGGUGUCGCCGUGCGACGACACGUCCCUCGUCGCCGCUGAUGGCAAUCUUGGCGAGUGGCGACCAAGACGAGGCGCUGACGAAGGCUUCCUUCCCUUGAGCUCGACUCCUGCCAGGGCAGUGAGUCCGUCACUGGCCGCGCUGCCCCGAGUCUCUGACCGCGUCGUGGCUAUGGAAGGGGCUCAUGAAGACCUCGCUGCUGGUUCUCGCUGUGGUCCUUACGAUGGUGUCCUAGAAGGUGACCGAGACCGUGCACGUCCAGCGUCGUCACCAGGAACACGUCCUAAGGUCCGCACCUCCUCCUUCAGCGGUGACCGCGUGCAAGCCAGGGCGCCCUGCGACGGCCGACGGUCGUCUUGGACCAACUGUGACCGUGCUCGGGUUGUGUCAAGCCCCGUCCGACGAGGUGUCGUGAAGACGAAGGUCGCGACGUCGGGUGUGCAGUUCAUGACGAGCCCUCGUCAUCACGACGUGCCCUGUGAACAGAACCAACGACGUGACCACGUGUAUAGUGACGACAACUCUCGCGACCGUGACGUGUACGAAGAAAACAUUUCACGUCACGACAAUGUUUAUGAAGAUAAAUUCUCACGUAACAGGGACAUGUACGAAGAAAACAUCACGCGUCACGAUAAUGUUUAUGAAGACAAAUUCUCUCGUAACAGAGACAUGUAUACCGAUACCGCCACCCGCAGUGCUGACGAAGAUCUCAUAGAAGCGCACAACCUGGACGCUGUCGCCUCGGACGCCGCCAGGUUCCUCCUGAUGACUGCUGGGGGAGCGGGACCUCCCACAGCAGGAGACCUCCUCUCCCCCUCGGGACCUCCCAGCGUCUCCCCGUCUGGGGUCGCCCAGAAAACGGCUUUCUUCACCCAGCUGGAGCAGCAGAGCCGCGUCAGGACCUCCCCCAGGAGAGACCGAGCCUCGAGGUACGCGACGCAGCCUGUGACGGGCGCUGAAGUGUCACGCGCCGUCCUCUUGACGGAUGCUUCACCGUCACGUGGUUAUGGUGACGUGACAUCACCACGUCAUCAUGCCACCACAUCGUCUCCACCACCACGUCAUCAUGCCAUGACAUCAUCAUCACCACCUCCACCACGUUAUCAUGCCACGACAUCAUCACCACCACCACGUCACCACGCCGCCACAUCAUCACCACCACCACGUCAUCAUGCCACGACAUCAUCACCUCCACCACCACGUCACCACGCCACCUCAUCGUCACCACCACCACCACGUCAUCAUGCCAUGACAUCAUCAUCACCACCUCCACCACGUUAUCAUGCCACGACAUCAUCACCAUCACCACGUAACCACGCCGCCACAUCGUCACCACCACCACGUCAUCACGCCACCACAGCGGCAGAUGAAGUUGCUGCUGACGACGACCUGACGCCCGCGGUGCCCCAGGACGGCCUCCGAGACGCCCUUUAUUGA